UGGAGGUGUUGCUUUCUGUUUUUAAUUGGAUUUUGCAUUUCCUUCAUAUAGUUUGCACCUACUGGACGCAAUGUUUUAUAGGGAUUUUUCAUUUCAGAAUUCCAUGCAACUGAGUGUUUGGUUGGUUGGAAUUUUGUCGAGUCUUGUCUCUGCCAAUUCAACAACAGCAAACUUUGUUUCUAAUCCCCUGCUUUGUCCAGAGAGAAUGACACCACGGCAGAAUAAUGGCAGUGGUUCCCACCUUUGUAAGGAGGAUCCCAAAACGACAUCAUUUGAGCAACCGUGCCUGGUCCGUUGCCAUAUCAUUAUCACUAUUAAGGAGUCUAAUCCAUGUCAUUAUCACUUCCCGUUGAUUAGAAAUGAACCCUUUUUGACCUAGGAACUAGGGAUCAUCUUAUUAAGGAG